UCUUUUGUGGCAACUCAUUAUUGUGUUGUACGUUGAGCGUAUUGUGUGUCAUUAUGUCUGAGUUUUGGCUAUGAACUACACACUGAGAACGUAACUGUAGUAACAGUGAAGGAAGUAGGGCAAUCUCGCCACUGGUCGAUGUCUCCUGAUCGAUUUUGCCGAAAAUUCCACUUUGUGUUGGGCGAAGUCGUCAAGCUUUAUACGUGAUUUGUCUUCACUCUGCAAGUUUGAGAGAAGUUCAUAAAGAAAUAAUACACUCUGGUUCAUACUGAAAAAAAAAGAAAAGAAAGAGAGCAUGCAAAACAAGAACAAAAGACAGAGCUCACACCCAGUCCGUCUGCCCGUCCAUCCAUCCAUCCACCUAUCCAUCCAUCCAUCCACCCUGUACAUUGCCAAAUUAACCAAUUUAUAAUUUAUAUAAAGUGGCUACAACAUUUAGUCUUUGGCUAACAAAUUUUUAUUUAAAUUAACCACUCUUUAAUCUUUUUUCAUGGAAAUUCUUUACACAUCACAGAAUUGGCUAAACCACAAUUUGUUCUAGUGUGAGCCUUGGAAACCCUCCACCACAAAAAGCAGUAUGCCAUUCACUGACGUUACGCCUAAAAGCAAUAUGCCAUUCACUGACGUUACGCCUAAAAGAAAUAUGCCGAUCAAAGGUUUCACGCCUGUCAAAUGCGAAGUCUGCUCAAAGAGUUGUAGGAAUAAUUCUGACCUACAAAUACACAUGCGCGUCCAUACUAGAGAGAGACCUUUCAAAUGCGGAAUGUGCUCCAAGGAUUACUUAACGAGGAAUCACAUCAUUCAACAUAUGAGGAUUCACGAUGGUGGGAAGUUUACCAUGUGUGAAAUCUGCUCAAGGAGUUGUAUAAAUAAAUCCGAAUUAGAAAUCCACAUGCGCGGCCAUACAGGAGAGAGGCCCUUCAAAUGUGGAAUGUGUCAAAAGGAUUUCUCAACCAAGGGUAACAUUAUGCAGCAUAUGAGAAUGCACGAUGAUAAAAAGCAUUUCAAAUGUCAUGUGUGUAAAAUAUUUUUCACUAAUUGCGACAAGGAAGAGCGUAUUUUGUUUGAUGCUCAUGAACGGUUUUUCGUAUGUCAGUUGUGCGCAAAACGAUUUUCUAAAACCUUGGACAUAAAAGGCUACAUAUUGACCCAUACUGAUGAGAAACCUUACAAAUGCGAGAGGUGCACAAAAUGUUUUGCAGAGAGAUCUCAUUUGAAAAAACAUAACUUUAUUCAUUGUCAUCAGAAACCUUUCAAAUGUGAUAUAUGCACAAAACGAUUUACACAUAGGACCCGUUUGAAAAGACAUAAAGUCGUUCAUUAUCACGAGAAGCCAUUUGAAUGUGAGGUGUGCACAAGAGGGUUUACAAGGAUUACAAGCUUAAAGCGUCAUAUGUUGAGACAUACUGGCGAGGUGCCUUUGAAAUGUAAAGUGUGCACAAAAAGAUUUACAAAGACUACAGACUUAAAGCGUCAUAUGUUGACGCAUACUGGCGAGAAGCUUUUCAAAUGUGAAGUGUGCACAAAAAGAUUUACAAGGACUACAAGCUUAAAGCGUCAUAUACUGACACAUACCGGCGAGAAACGUUUUAAAUGUGAUAUGUGCACCAAAUGUUUUACACAAAGUUCCAGUUUGAAAGCUCAUAAAAUGCUUCAUACUGGUGAGAAACCUUUCAAAUGUGAGGUGUGCUCAAAAGCGUUUGCAUGCACUGCAGACUUAAAACGACAUAAUUUUAUCCAUACUGGUGAGAGACCUUUCAGAUGUGACGUGUGCACAAAAUGUUUUACAACCACUACAGAAUUAAAACUCCAUACGUUUGUCCAUACUGGUGAGAAACCUUUCAAAUGUGAAAUGUGCACAAAGUGUUUUACAACGUCUUCAGGCUUAAAACGUCAUAUCCUGUUGACUCAUACUGUUGAGACAAAGUCAAGUGAAUGUACAGGAAGUGUUUUUUACGGAGUUCCCAUCUGAUAAAUCAUCAAAAACUUCAUACGGGUGAGAAAACGUUCAAAUAGUUUCUCCUUCAUCUGUUUGAAAUGAUAGACGUGAUUGUUAAAGGAAUACUCACACUGUAUGUUUGAAAUGACAGACGUGCUUUUUAAAGGGAUACUCACUCUGUAUGUUUGAAAUGAUAAACAUGAUUUUUAAAGGAAUACUCACUCUGUAUGUUUGAAAUGAUAGACGUUAUUUUUUAAGAGAUACUCACACUGUAUGUUUGAAAUUAUAGACGUGAUUUUUAAAGGGAUACUCAAACUGUAUGUUUGAAAUGAUAGACGUGAUUUUUAAAGGGAUACUCACACUGUAUGUUUGAAAUGAUAGACGUGAUUUUUAAAGGAAUACUCACUCUGCAUGUUUGUGGUUAAUGAAGGUUCCAUUGAA